UUGAAGCUUUACUUUGCAUGUAAACGGGAGGAAGCACAGGGAACAGAACAGAGAGAAGGCAUGUGCUUUUUUUGUGAAACCUGAUGGUUCAAGAGAAGAUUUGUUUGAGGUGACUAUUUCCGUGGACUGUACUGGAAUAUUCUUCGAACUCAACAUUAAGUGGAUAUUUUAGGAACAAUACAAGCUGGUUGACAAAGCUUUUGAAUUACAAGAUUUUUUAAAUAAAUAUAGAGGAACUGAGACUAAGGUACUGUCUGACACACCUACGGAUACCAUCUCUCAGAUUCAACACUGUGACAAUGCCUGUGAUUGUACUAGAGGCCAGAGACUUCAUCAGUCCCCUUUUUUUGGUGCGGACAUGGGAAGUCUUAACCGGUUGUACUACCUUCAGUCUUGUGGCCUCUCUGGAACCUUCAAAGUUAAACAAAAGUUCAUCUGACCUCCAUCACCACAACACAUUCAGGAUCUUCUGCAUGUUUACCUGGUGCUUCUUUUUCACCCUUACACUCCUUAUCCAUAUUCUCAGCGUCAUCCAAUUUCACAGCCUCAUCCCAAUAUCCUGGAAGAACCUUACUAUAACAGUGGCAGCCUUAGGUGCGCUGAUGUGUCUCAGUGCCUCUGUGGUUUUCCCUUGGAUCAUCAUGGAUAAUCAAAGGGUAUUGCCACGCCCUGUGGCAGCUGCUGUGGCCUCCUUUCUCACCUUCCUCGCCUACUCCUCAGAGUCCUAUGUUCUUUGCACCCGAGCCCACGAGCAAAGAGGCUACAUGGGCAGCAUGCCUGGUCUCCUCAAGACACUCCAGCUCUGGGGAGGCUGUCAGAUGAUACCCCUGGUCGUGGCAUUGGUCUAUGGCUUUCCUAGUGGAGUACAUAGUUGGCAACUGUGGGCCUCUGGCGUGUCAUACGGUGUCUGUGUCUUCAUGUCUCUAGUCACACUGGUAGUAAUAUUAGGUGACUUUGCUGGGCGAUGUCUUCUACCUUUUGACAGAUUUUUGGCUGCCUUCAGUCUGAUUGGGGUGUUGCUCUACAUGGUGGCCACGGUGAUUUGUUUUACCAAGAUACUGCAGCUAAAGGACCCCGGACAAAACCCUGACAAAAGUGCAGAGCUGGUUAUCAUGGAAACAGUGGUUGCCAGUAUUACACUGUUAGCUUAUACGGUGGACCUUGCCUUCUCCAUCAAACUGUUGUGUGACAGGAGUCAUGCAUGAAAUAACACAUUACACGUAUUGCAUGUGAAGUUCAUAAUAUAGUGUCCUGAAGAGUUUAGGAGAAAAUCAUGUCUUUGUCAAGUGUAUAAACCUUAAACUAGAUGGAUGUUUUUGCUGUUAAUUAUUGCAGUGUAAUCAAAUUAUCUCUCCAGACCUAUGGAUUGCUAACUUAUAAGACCUUUCGAAGUUGUUUACAAAUUAAACCAAAAAAAGCCAAACAAAUCAAUGAAAUUGAUCACUAUGAUCGCGAUUUCAGUUUUGGUUUUACUGACAUUUGAAAGUGUUAUGUGACUUGUAGGCCUUUUCUGCUGAUCACCACUGCGCAGUCACUAAACCUGGUAUUUGUUACAGGUGCGCAGACUCAUAAGCACACAGCACCCUUUAAGGAAAUAAUAAUAUGGUGUAAUUACUGUAGCGGUAGAUGAACAGUAGUUCCCACUUAUAAAGCUUAACAUUUAAAAACUGUUGACUGUGGACAUACAAUUUAGAAUAUAGGGCCUACUAAAUGACAACAAAGGUACAAACUACUAAUAAAAAUGUUUCUGUCUUAUCACUAAAAUUCUCAGCA